UCCAAUUCAAUUUGUCAAAAAUUUGAUUCCUGUUUCUUGUCUUCGUUUUGUUACAAUUUACAAAAUUAUUAAUUUUUACUUGUGUAAAAGCCGAAUUAUUUACCUUUUUUGAAAUAUUUGUAUACAUUAACAUUUCCAAUGGGUAAUAAAUCAUCAUUGCUUCUUCGCCCAGAAGAAAUUGCCCAAAUUCAAGAUGAUACAGGAUUUACUCCCAAUCAAAUAGAACGUUUGUACUCACGUUUCACAUCUUUGGAUCGAGGUGACUGUGGUACUCUAUCACGUGAAGAUUUUCUUCGGAUACCAGAAUUGGCGAUCAAUCCGCUCUGCGAACGAAUAGUACAUGCCUUUUUUGCUGACAGCACAGAUGACAGGGUCAAUUUCCGUCAGUUCAUGCAAGUCUUGGCGCAUUUUAGACCAAUCAAUCAAAAGAAAGAAAACAAACUUAACAGUCGUGAAGAGAAGUUGAAAUUCGCUUUUAAAAUGUACGACUUAGAUGAUGAUGGUGUGAUUAGUCGUGAUGAACUAUUGAACAUCCUUCAUAUGAUGGUGGGAGCCAAUAUCAGUCAAGACCAGCUUAUUAGCAUCGCUGAGCGCACAAUUCUUGAAGCUGAUAUGUGUUGUCAAGGAAAGAUAUCAUUUGAAGAUUUUUGCAAAGCCCUCGAGAGGACUGACGUUGAACAAAAGAUGUCAAUUCGAUUUCUUAAUUAGGUUUUUGUUUUUUUUUCCUGAAAAGAGACUACAUAGCUAAUUCAAAGUAUUAUUUAAAUAUUAUGUUAUGUUAAAGGUGUGAACACAAAAAUAUGUUUGUAUUUUUUUUUUCCUAUUUUCAUUCAAUUGUAUGGAAGCGGUAGUGGUUUACUAUUAAAUAAGAAACUAAUAGUGCUUAGUGGACAUGUACUUUAAACAAAUCAAUUUUUCAAUAAAGUUGUUGAACUAUUUAUGCACAAGCUAA